AUGGAAAGGCCUUUGAUUGAGACAACCAUCCGCCUUGCGAGAGCUACGCGGGCGGCAGCGCAAUCCUACGCCAAUGCGGAGACCGGAUACAAGGAACUCAAAAACUUUGGAAUCCAAUUUAGCGGACUGAAACUGGACCUUCUACUACCCUCGCUACAAACCCUCAAAGAAAAAUUGCAAGCCAGAGAGUUCAAUGUCAACCCAAGGGACCUUGCCGCUUUUGAAGUGGUCCUCAGAACAACCGUCUCCACCUUGGAUAAAGCGAGCUCCUACCUACAACGUAACAACCCUCAGGGGGAUCGUUUUGCUAGGUUGAAAUGGGCGUUGUGGAUCGAGGCAGAGGCAACAAGGAACAUCGCGCUCGUUGAGAAACGGCUCGAUCUCCUCUCACGCCUCUUACAGGAUGCUGCGCUGGUCAGCCCGCAAAAGGCUCUGAGCUCCCGCCAGCUUCGUGUGAAAGAUGGCGAAAAAUUUAUCGUCAGUGACGGUAUAUAUCGCACACAGGCUAACUAUAAGCCGAGAGGACCCGAUGAUCGACUAGUACUCGAGGGAAUUGACAUUCUAGUCCAAUCCUGUGAGCCAGGGAAGAAUUCUUCUAGGAGCCAGCGGAUCGCUGGAUACUGUCAGGCUUUACGUGGGAAGGAUGAUAGCGGAUCUCCCUUUCAGACCGGGUUCCUGCCAUGCAUUGGGUUCAAGAAUGGACGUAUUGCCUUCCUGCUUCCAAGAAAUAUCGAUUGGGGAAAACAUCCGACAAGUUCACUGCUGGCCCUGAUGUCAAAUAGUCAAGGACAGCAGCUAGAACAUGCCAUACCCCUUGAGAGACGAUUGGACUUGGCGACUCAAUUAUCCGAAGCGGUGCUAACGACUCAUCUCUCUGGCUUCGUGCAUUCCGCUAUACGGAGUGAGACGAUUCUCUUCCUGGGGCCACCCGAGGAUUUCAAAGACGUGCCCUUGGAGGGCGUAACUUUGAAUGCCACACUCCAAACCCCUAGUCAGGAAGUGACAGUGGGCGAGAAUAAGAGAGCCAAUGACCCACUGGAACCUAAACCUGGAAUUUUCAGGAGGAUGUCGAGAAUUGGAAGCUUUAAUAAGUCAAACCUGCGAACGAAAAAUAGUCUUGGAUCUUUGAGGCGGUGGAAAGCGGACCGAGAAAACAAUAUCAAGAACAGCAAGAAUAAUAAGAACAAUGAUGAUAUUAUAAAUGGCCCGCAAGCACCGGGGCCAGACGAGCAUGUGGCGUCCCCGGACAACAACACGAUUGAAGAUACAAAUGGCCUCUGGGAUGUCGGGCCCGGACAUGGAAGCGUGUACCUUGUUGGCUGGUGGUCGAUGCAGGCGCAUGCUGGGAUGGAACAGCUGCAAGAACAGGACAAGGGCUGGCACAGAGCUAUCUACCGCCACCCAGAUCAAUGGAGCAAAAACACUCUCAGUAACAUGGGGCAUGACAUCUAUAGUUUGGGCGUUUGCCUUUUUGAGAUUGCAAUGUGGGAGAGUUUGCUCGUCAGGAAGUCUGAGUUGAAUGAUGAUGAGUAUGUCGAGGGAAGCUUCGAGCCCUCUGAGCUAUUAGUCCGCGAAGCUGGGUUUAAGGACGGGCAGGAUCUAACACGGAAGGGGAUGAGAAGUAGGGACGGGCAGAUGAAGGUGAAGAAUGCCCUGUUGAAGAUUGCGGAGGAAAAGCUUCCGGCGCUGGUGGGAUCUGGGUAUGCCGAUGUUGUCAGGGCGUGUCUCACCUGUCUUGAUGCUGAUGGGAGCGGCAAGUAUCGUAAGUGGGAUGACGGGGUUAGGUUAGAUCAAAUGGACCAUGACAGUGUCAGGAAGAACUGUGAUGCGUUCAAACAGGUAGUUCUUUCGCGUCUUUGGAAUCUUGCGACUGCGUUCGCGGCCUGA